AUGCCUGUCGAUUUAACCACUACCUUCUCAGGUCAUACGUUUAGAAACCCUUUCAUGAACGCCUCUGGUGUUCAUUGCAUGACGAUUCAAGAGCUUGAAGAAUUGGAUAAUUCCAGUGCAGGAUGUCUAAUUACCAAGAGUGCGACGAGCUCAGAGAGAGCCGGCAAUCCCGAGCCUCGUUACGUUGCGGUUCCUCUGGGAAGCAUCAAUUCGAUGGGUUUGCCUAACGCUGGAAUCGAUUAUUACAUGAAAUACGCUCUUGAUCGCCAGGCUAACAAAGCAGACUCUGAGCCAAUUUUCCUCUCUGUCGCUGGUAUGAGCGUGGAAGAAAAUUUGAAGCUUUUAAGAAAGGUGCAGGAUAGCGCUUUCAAUGGGAUCACAGAACUUAACCUAUCCUGUCCAAAUGUUCCCGGCAAGCCACAAGUGGCAUACGAUUUUGAGACGACGAAAAUUAUUCUGACCAAAGCAUUCGAGUUUUUCGAUAAACCAUUGGGUGUUAAGUUACCACCAUUUUUCGAUUUUGCUCAUUUCGACGCAAUGGCAGAGAUUCUAAAUCAGUUUCCUUUGACCUACGUUAACUGCAUUAACAGCGUGGGAAAUGGGCUUUACAUUGAUGUGGAAAAAGAAAGCGUGGUCAUUAAGCCAAAGAACGGCUUCGGUGGUUUAGGUGGUGAAUACGUCAAGCCUACUGCCCUUGCUAAUGUGCGUGCCUUUUACACCCGUCUGAACCCUUCAAUUAAGGUCAUUGGAACUGGUGGCAUCAAAACAGGAAGAGAUGCAUUCGAACAUCUGCUGUGUGGUGCCACCAUGCUCCAGGUCGGCACACAGUUGCACGAGGAGGGCGUUUCGAUUUUUGAACGUUUAACUAAAGAACUGCAAGAGGUCAUGGCUGAGAAAGGUUAUUCCACGAUCGAUGAUUUCCGUGGUAAGCUUAACAGCUUAUGA